CUCAGAUGGAUCAAGAUCGUCAUGCAGAUGACUACACAUACAUACAAAGGCAGCCCGAGGGAAACACACAAUGCGUCCACGGACGCCCUUCGUAUACAAAUAGAGACUUAAACCAGCACCAGGACCCCUCGUGGCACUAGACGUACCCACCCACCUGCAGUCAGUCACUUCCCCUCCCUCCCUCGCUCCCUCCCUCUCUGUGCGUGUGUCUAUGGCCGAAUGCCGAGGCCUAUGCAGCUACCACCUUCUGGUGGAUAAGAGCAGCUGUCUGAGGGUACCGCUCAUCUGGGCGGCGCUUCCGAGGAACGGGGCGCUCAGUGGUGCAGAUCUUCAGGCCAAAGUCGACGCGGACCAGGAAAUCAUCGGCCGCCUUUUUCCCACACAGAAUGAAGCGCGGCGCCUGCCACAGCACAUUUGCCUCGUCGACCCGCCAGUAGGCCGCUUUGCGGCAGCCGUUCCACUCCCCCCUUGCGUGCAGCAUGACGUCUUGGGUGAGCUGGUACUCGCUGGGAGGCGGAUUGAGGAGGUCACUUGGGUGGGUGAAGUGGGGCCGCAGACGAAAGUCGUUCCCGUCCACGAAAUGCGCGUCGAUCAAAAAGACUAUCAAGUCUGUGAAGGAAGAGUAUACGUACCUGUCACCUGCAGACAGACAGCUGACAUAAGGAAACGGUUUGCACAUUCAAACUGCUCUGCUCACAUUUGGUUGGCGGGUCGGAUUCGGUCAAAUCGAUGCUGACGUAGGUCAAGGGGUGUGUCAGUGAUGAGGGUCCCACAUAGUCCCGGCCGUUGACACAGCUCAGAUCCACAUGCUCGCGGAUACGGUGACUGAAUAGCGAGUACUGGCGCACCGCCGGGGGCCGCGUGUCGAAGACCGCCCGGCUGCCCACUUGCUGCAGCUCAUGUGCCGUGAUGGUGAUGGGCAGAGAGGGGAGGAGGCGGCAGUUCCUGAGGUAGUGGAUAAGCGAAACACACCGGUCCCAGCGGCCGCCCUCCUCAAUCACGUACAGCAGCCGCAACAGAUAACUCGCCCUGGUGUCGGCCAGCCGCAGCACCAGCUCACUCCAGCGCAGAUGGAGGAGAUGGCAUACAAUGACCAGGCAGAUGAGCGAUAAUAAGAUGCAGGGCACUACCCAUCUUGUGGCGACAAUGAUGAGUGGCGGGGUCACGCCCAGCUGAAGCAGAAACCUCUUCCCGCUCGGGGACCGAAGCCAUGCGAUGCAGGUGCCAGGGGUGGCUGCAGAGCCGAGGAAUAGCUUGCCGAUCGACAGCGCCACACGCAGCCCACUCACGACAGAGCGAGCGACGGACCACAGAAGGUCACAUACGCCGUCCCUCGCCACCCAGAACUGCCUAUACGCUCGCACGACGAAGGAUGCCUCCCCAAGCAAUCGAAUGGCCUCUGUGAUCACAAAAACCGGGACCACCAAUAAGAGUAGGAGAGAGUAGAGAGUCAUGUAAAAAACUACGAUAGGCCUGUGAAUCCAGUGAGGGAAUCCAGCCAGCGGCUCCAGAAAGUCGGCCAGCCCACGGGUCAUGACGAGGGUACAGAGGAGGAUGGGCAUAUAAAGGACGACGAGAACGAUCCCGCCCACGGCAAUUGGAACGAGAAGGGAGACCGCGCUGAGAGUGGCCGUGAUCCACUGCCGCAGAAGCAGCAGGACCGUCACGCACCGCUUCUGGUACGUGAACACGCCAGUGAGGCCCUCCUCGCGAAUGGCAGCAUCGAUGCGGUGCGUCAGGUAGGCCUCAUUGACCAGCUGGCAGCCGACACUCUUGGACGAGGCGCGGAAGUGGCCACAAUCCUCCGCCGUGAGAAAGGCCAGCAGUUGCCUCUCCACAUCCUCGGGCAAGCCGACCAACCAACACGCAUUGGCGUCCGACUGAUGUGGACAAACACACACACAGACCCGGCGCACGUGCGCAAUGGAUGCACGUGCGGUCAUGUAUGAGUGCCCACUCACCGGCGGUCUCCCUUCGCUCGUAUACGCCUCGCUGUCCACCGGCUGCUGCAGACCCUGCAUACACACGGCCAGCUGAACGUGCUGUUCGUGCUCGUGUUCGUCGUGCCCCACGGGCAAUGUGUUGCGCACGGGCAUCUGCCGCGACAGAGGAUGGGUCAGAGGGCGUGCAUCACUCGUGCAUCAUCACUCUCCCAGGUAUCAUCACGCUCGACAGCCAGAUCCGAUCAGCCGCGUGCAAUGCGCGUCAGAUCUCCC